CUCAUUGCAGGGUCGCGACGCCACUCCGUACCUGGAGCGGAAUCGCGUGGGACGUGAUGCGAUCGAUUCGGCCGCUGCCCUCACCGAUAUGGGCAAGUAUCUGUUCCGAGAGCGAAGACUGCCGGUGUACGACAUUGCCGUUGCCAUCACGAAGUAUGAUAUGUGCCGAAGAAGGAAAGGCGGUCGUUGUACGAAAGGCACAGCUGGAUUCGCAUACGUCGGAGGGGCCUGCGUCGUGAACAAGCGACUGGAGAAGGUCAACAGCGUGGCCAUCAUCGAGGACACCGGCGGCUUCAGCGGUAUCAUUGUGGCGGCCCACGAAGUUGGUCAUCUACUGGGAGCCGUUCACGAUGGGUCUCCCCCACCCAGCUAUCUGGGAGGACCGGGCGCGGAGAAAUGCCGCUGGGAAGACGGCUACAUCAUGUCCGAUCUGCGGCACACCGAGCGGGGCUUCCGGUGGUCACCGUGCAGUGUUCAAAGUUUCCAUCAUUUCCUCAAUGGUGACACCGCCAGUUGCCUGCACAAUCCUCCUCACGAGGACGAAGCCCUGGGGCGAACCCUGCCCGGUACGCUCCUCUCGUUGGACGCCCAGUGCCGGCGGGACCGGGGGACAUCCGCGUGCUUCAAGGACGAACGCGUCUGCGCUCAGCUGUUCUGCUUCGACUCGGCCAGCGGGUACUGCGUGGCGUACCGACCGGCCGCCGAGGGAUCCACCUGCGGUGAUGGACAACACUGCUUGGAUGGUAGAUGCGUUGCCGAACAUGAAAACAUAAUUCCUGAUUAUUCACAGCACACACCGUCGUACGCGCGGUUCAACCAACAACCAGUCAAAUAUAACUACGACGACAAGUCAGGUCAGCAGGAAGAGUAUUAUGAACCAUCAAGUAGCACGUCGUCCACAACAACAACCACCACCACCACAACGACAACCACCACCACCACCACAACACCACCACCACCGCCGCCACCGACAUCGACGAGGAAUUAUUACCAAUAUUUCAACCACAAGUCCACGAGUACAUAUCAUAGUAAUUUCCAUCCUACUAGCUCUAGUUAUAAUGGUAACAGUAAUCACUAUAACCACAACAAUAACGAUAAUCAACAAAAAUCGACUACCGAAUCUGACUACUACCGUACGAAAGCGACCAAGACUCCGUACGUGUUUAGUAAAUACACAUUCAGCUCGACCAGGAGCCCGUACACUUACAGUCAGUUCACGGCGAGCAGCACGACACCGUCAAGCACUAGCAUUAGCACCACACGUUCGCCCUUCUGGGACGAUCAUCACAGCAAUCAGCACCAGCAAAAACACGGUGACGGUGCUUACAAUAAUGGUCAUACGACCACCACCACAACCACGGCGAAACCGAAGUCCACCUACCAUCCGGUGUUCGACGUGUACUUCAAUCGGAUCGCUCAGACGACAACGCGAAAUCCGUACAACUUCAGCUACUACGUCAAACGCACGACCAAGAGUCCGAACUACGCGUUAAACUACGUAGGAGCGAACAGCCAAAUCAGCUCCAACCGAGCGCCAUUCAAUAGUAGUAGUGGUGGAAGCGGAUCGGUUAGUGGAUAGUACAAGCACGCCAUUGCGCACGCACUCGCACACGGUUUUGGCAGCAAACACCCAGGGUUUGAUACCCGCGCAAGCCAACAGAACACUUUUUUUAUGACGAGUAAAAAUAUUAAACGCGCCUGGCAGCGUCGCUAUUGUUCUGUUGAUCGCUAUAUGAACUAAAUUCAAACAAGUUGGAACCAUGAUUUCCUCUUUUUUCUAUUUAUUAUGUUUGUGUGUUCCCUGUCGCUUUCCUGUUUUCCUUUAUUUUCGCUUGAAUAUUAUUUCUUUGUUUGUUAAAAUUAUUUUGUUCUGUUGAAAAGCAUUGUUGUUUAUUUCUGUGAAAUUUGUGUUCAAUGUUAUUUUAUUCCAUAUUCUCUCGAUAAAAGUACUAACCAUUCUUGAGAUUAAGUAAAUCUAUCCUAACCCGAAUUCCCUCAACUAACUGAACACACAUUCUUUAUUCAAAAAUAUAAUUAAAAAAAAGUCUGCCAUCUAUUUAAAUUAUGCUUUAGGAGAGUAAGAGUAAAAAGAGUGCACGAAUUCAUUUUAAAAAGUAUAUUUUUCGCGGGAUUACGAAAAAUAGUGCUUUUAUAUAUACACAUUACAUACAUUUGAGAAUGAAAUACGCGCGGAACGCUUCGACUUCUUCCACUACAUCCAAGACAAACACGCGCAUCACGGUGGAUGAUGAGGACAGACGAUACAAGAAUUUCAUGAAUGCCAUCAAACGAAAGCGAUUACAACACCUAAAGGAGCAACUGCAGCAGCAGGAAAUCGUCAGCAAUCAACAGUAGCAAUACUAAAUAGUUAGGAUAGUUUAGAUCCCCAGACACCAAUAGAAUUCUGUUUUUUCUUCUGCACCAUAAAAAAAAGAAAAGACCGGCAGCGCAUCAUUACCAUAGUAACUGUGUGCAAAACGCAACCACCAUUAGAGAACCAGCAUGGUUACAGCAGGCCAUGAAUUAAGAUGCCUUGCUACAACUCCAAUAACUUGGAAACACUUUAGCAACGUGGUUUGCAGUCAGCAAGUCCCAGCAUUUCCCACCUUCACCCGAACAUAUAAAUUGAAACAACUUGUUUUGUAUUUUCUUCUUCUAUGAAGAGAGUGACAGCAAAACGUUCAGAAACUAUCGUCCGAAUACAGUCGGAAGCGUCGUAUAUCUCCCACUGCUAUCCACACAAAGCCCACAGUGAAAGCGCGCAAAAACAGAAUCACACCAAGCACAAUGCACUAAAUUAUGCAGUAAGCAGAAUCUACAUUCAAAAUACAAUUGUGAUAUAAAAUUGUGCAAAUAGGCGAAAGAAACUAUUUACUUCUACCGAAGAGUCGUUUCUAUUUUUUAUAGUUUAUAAGUAAAGUGAUACAGUUUUUUUUAAGAAAUUGUAGUCACAUUUCAUUGUAGAUUUAAGAAUCGAGAAAAAGAGAGUGAGAGAAGAUGUGUUCAAUACAUUCGAUUUAAUCGAUAUAUUGACAAUCCUAGCUAAACAUUUCCACAUUGUAACAUCGUAACGAAACGAGUCACAGGAAGUGUGACAAAAUAAUAAUAUUUGAGCCAACUAGCCACCGCCGAAAGAUGAGUUAUUAAAUAUGUAACUAAUAUCUGUGAUUUCUAAAUUUCAAGAACAAUGACAGAUUAUUAUUCAACAGUGUUGUGUUAUAUGUUGGAAACAAGAAUUGCUCCGAACUCAUCUUCCCGCGGUUGCCAGAAACCUGAGAGUGUCAUUAAAUUGAACCAAACCCUAAAACAACUUUUACGGACAUCGUGCUCUAAAGGGCAAGGUGCCAUCGUAGCAAGCAUUGCCAUAAUUUGUAAACCGAAUUCCACGAUUAAAAGUCUAUCACUUCUCACUAUGGCCUACUGUGAUUUAACAUCGAACAUAAGCAAACGAACGAAGAGCCCCCAUCUUAGCCCAAAACAACCCCCUUGACAGAUCUCAUCGCUGAAAGUGAUCGUCGCCCGGCCUCAAUGUAGGCAACCCACAAUGCACCGACACAUCACGGUCACCUUAACAAGUUUUGUUAUUACAGCGUUGGACACCACCGAUCGAAUUCGAAAGGCACUUGGCCGAAGAGUCAAUUUGUCAACGGAAAACUGCCCACAAUGUUGAUUUCGGUAUUAUUUUGUUGUACAAAAAGUACGAAUCGUUAAAGUAUACUAAUGCAACUGUUGAACUGCCCGCCAAACGAACACGAACACAAAACAUAAAAAUGACAAAAACUUCAAGAACCCAAUCGUUAACUCGUAAAACCUUGUUAUUUCUUUUGUUCUUAAAAACAAACUACUGAAACAACAAAAAAAAACAAAUCUUGUAAAUAUGUAACAAUUGUAAGUGAUCAUAAUUUUAAACAAACAAAACGAUUCGUCCAUUAUGCUAAGGAACUAGAAGAAAAAAUCGAAAACAACGAAAAAGUCUGCACUGAAACAAGAAAUUAGGAACAGAAGUUUAAAAAACAAUCCCAUGUUGAUGCAUGUGGCUCCUGCAACAGAGAGAAAGAAAACUAACACAUGUGUUGCUCUUAAGGUGAAGAUGCGUAUUUUUGUUAAUCUUGAAGACGGUAACAGUCACACAUAUACACAAGACACUACAGACCCCUUCGCCCCCCACUAUUCUCUAGGUAGAUAUCUUUAAUUUAUCACUUUUAAGCGCUGUUAGUUGUUAGACGGAGGGAUAAAAAAAAUAUACAGAGUCCUUUCGAGAGAGGUUCAUCUGCUGGUAGGGUUCUUCCUGGAAGGGUUGGAACGUAUAUAGAAUUCAAGAAUAUGAAGAGAAAGGCAACUGUACAAGUGUACAGCAGUGCCGAGUGCACACAAACGCAUACACGUUGAGACAAUUAUCGAGAAUGUGACGUUUUGUAAGAAAUAUCUUGUAUCGUUUCGAUGUAAAAUAUAUUAACAAAUAAAGAAACGAAAAAUUGAGGGAAAAAAUACAGAAAGAGUAUUUGAAGUGAAAAUGAAA